AUGACUCGUCUUGCUUUUCUUUUAUUUAUUCUUACUAUUCUCUCACGUUCAAUUAAAACAAUAAUAUAUCGACCAGUUGUUCUUAUGCAUGGUAUCGUUGCAUUUACUUCUGAUAUGAAUGAACUAGCUGGUUGGCUUCGAACAUCUUUUGCUGGAAUUUAUAUUGUAUCAAUUGAAAAAGGAAAUCAUUUUGACGAUUCAUUUUUGUGGUCAUUAGAUAAACAAGCUGAACAUUUUUGUACUAGAAUUCGUAACGAUAUUCAUCUUCAACAAGGUUUUAAUAUGCUUGAAUUUUCUUAA